AUGAGUUCACCCUCUUGGAAUUGUUACCCUCCCCACGGAUGUGUUAGGAGUGCUGAAGGUGGUGCUAAAGCCGCCUCCAAUACUAGCCUUAUCGAUUGGGACAAGAGUGUUCUCAACUACGUCUAUGCGUGUAUGCAUCCUGAACCUCCUUUUCCUCCUCAUCGUCCCACACCAUACCCCCACCAUCCCAACAGUGCCAGCACUGUCUUCUGCAAAGCUCAUCGACGCAUAGUCUCAGCCACCUCUCCCCACGCCUUCCAAAUCAAACCCCCGCGUCUGGUCAUCGCUCACGUUCGGGGGCACUGUCGCAAUGCCUCCGAUCCAGGAAUGCACAUCUACUUUCCUCCACCCCCACCCCUUUUCCUUCCCUCCACUGCUGCGACUAUCGUGGAUGAAAAGGAAUGCAACCUCUCCAAUGUGGACACUCCCCCGCGACAACCGCCUCCUUCGCCUCUUCCUCCAUCUCCAUUGUCUGACCGUAUCGAUAAGGUGGAUAUCGGUGCUUCAAAGUCCCCGUCUCUUCCAACUGCCAUUGACAAGGUUGCAACCAAGGGCACAGCUUGUCUUAUUUCAUGCCUCCAACCUUUGGCAAAUUCAGUCAUUCUUCUCAUCUCUCUCUGUGCUAUGGCCUUAUUUCAAGCCCUCGUCUCCUCAGGCUACUUAAGUAGUAUAAUCACCACUCUAGAACGGAGGUUUGAUCUCACCAGUCGGCAGGUGGGCUACAUGUACUGCUGCUAUGAGAUGACUUCGGUUUUUUCCACCAUCUGGUUCUCUUUCGUCAACGCUCGUCGGCACAAUAGACCAAGAAUUAUUGGUCUCCUGGGUAUUGUUCUCGGCUUGGGUUUCGGCCUGUUUGCCCUACCACAUUGGCUCUCGGGCUCGUAUAAUCCAGGAAAGGUGGGCAUGAGAAGUAGGCGCAAUAACGAAGUGUUGUGUUCAAUAAUUAACACUAGUGGCACCACCCCGCAACCUCCACCGUUUAUCGAUCGAUCGUAUUGCAAUCAGACAGAAGUGACGUUGCUGCGGAUUGGUCAGGAGUCGGUGAUUGCGUCGGACUAUACAGUGGCACUGCCAGUGUUUUGUUGUGCUAUGGCUCUGGCGGGUUUCGGAUCCAGUUCGUUGUUUGUCCUUGCACCAACGUUCUUUUGGGACAAUUUAUCCCCAAAGCAAUACCCACUCUACUCAGGCCUGAUUCGUUUGACUGCUGUUGGUUUUAUCCUAAUGGCGAAGGGAGUGUAA